AUGACAUCCUUCCCCAAGUUGCUUGGUCCUGAAAGUCCCCAGAUGGGAACUCAGUUUCUCUCUUCUGUCAGCAUCUGCUUUUCAGAUGAUUCAAUUCAUCAAGCGAUCCAUGACAAGAAGAGACCCAAGAAAUCGGAAAUUCAAGCGUCCUUUGGGUUUGCCGUUCCUACUGGUAAGCCCUAUUCGGUCUAUGGUCGGGGUCGCAAGGAAUCAGUGACAGCAGAGACCAUUUCUGCUGAUGCUAUCCGUUUUAAUGCACCUCAGAUGCUCUCUACAGACAAGUUGCGGCUCUUGAACUCGUCUCGCGUCGGAGCAGUCCUUGGAGUAUUUUUUACUCCGAAUUCUCCUCCGGUUAUUGGAUUUGGCGCUAGUCCUGUUAGUACUACUUUCAAUGGGCAAGAUGCUGUCCAUCGCGGGGCCCCAAAGUGGUCUGAUUGCUUUGAUCCCACUUUGAUCCAGCAAUACUGGCAGGGAGAUAUGAGUGUCCCUACUCAUAGUCUGGUGGUUUCCCUCAGUGGGCGAACAAGGUUGAAAAUGCCAGCGUCGCAGCAGGAUUUUGUUCAAGCAACAAAGCCUGCAAUGCUGGUUGGGGACUUUUCCAAGAUCCUUCUGAUUCCUGAUGGAUGCGGUGCCCCGGUGGGCCUUUAUUGGCCAACUUCUAUUUCUUUCGAGGACUUCAAAAAUUCUUUGAGUGGACAUGGUACUCCCUAUGGGAGUUUCUUGGAUUUAUUGCGGCGUCAGUCUUCUAUUUUUGAAGUGAGAUUGGUCGAACGAAUCGAGUCUAUUACUCGAUCAGUUCGACCCGCUUCACACCACAACCCACCAGCUACACACCAAGACAAAAUACUACAAACACACACACGGAGGACGGCAGUAGGCUAUCUUAGAUAG